AUGUCCGCCGCAACAGACAAAGCUCGGUUCUUCCUCGAGAAGUCGGAUGAAAUUUCCUCAAUCGUGAAGAAACGGUCAGACUUCGAGCACAAGAUCAAUGCUCGUGGUGCGCAACCCGCGGACUUUGUGCGCUAUGCUGAAUAUGAAAUGAACCUCGAUGUUCUGCGAAAGAAGCGAGUGAAGCGACUUGGAAUUCGGUCGGCGGGAUUCAAUGGCCAGCGACGCAUCUUCUUCGUUCUCGACCGGGCUACUCGCAAGUUCCAGGGUGAUCUAAACCUUUGGGUCCAAUAUAUCGAUUACGCACGGAAGCAGAAGGCCCACAAGAAGUUGUCUCUGAUAUUCACCGACGCUCUGCGCCUACACCCAACCAGCGCCGAAUUAUGGGUCUACGCUGCGAAAAAUGUUCUCGAUGACCACGCCGAUAUGACACAGGCUCGGAGUUACAUGCAACGCGGUCUUCGCUUCUGCAAGAGUUCAAGGACAAUUUGGACGCAAUAUGCCAAGCUGGAAUUGAUCUAUAUUGCCAAGCUGGUUGCUCGCCAACGCAUCUUGGGUUUGGAUGAGAACCAAAAGCCCCAGCCAGUCGAAGAGGCAGGGAUUGACGACCCGGACGCCGAUAUGAUUGCCAUGCCAAAGAUCACAGCUGAAGAUAUCGACCCGAGCACGGAAGAGGAUGGAGAAGUCGAUCAGGUUGCGCUGCAAAACCUCAACGCUACACCUGCCCUGAGCGGUGCUAUUCCAAUCACCAUUUUCGAUACCGCCUCGAAGCACUUCAACCAUGAUGAUCGGUUCGGGCAGGAGUUCUACAAUAUGGUGUGGGAGUUCCAGGAUGUGCCUUGUCUUGAGAAGAUCCUGGGCCAUGUGGUCGAGACUAUGCGCGAGAACAAGCCUUCCAGCCCCCGGACACAGAUCUGCUAUAUCAAGUUCCCCACGGCUGGAGUUCCCGUCACAUCCCCCGGUUUCCCGCGGGCUCUUGGUAGCUCGCUUGCGCGUCUAAGAGAGUACCCCCUGGGUAAGGAACUUGCCCGCCAGGUAGUCAACUGGCUGCAGCCCAUCGCAGCAACCGAAGGCUUGGAUCCUUCGUUGCAGAAGGCCAUUGCAGCCACCAUCCGCAGUGCGGAGCGUGCGUCGGAGUAA